GCAGUAAGAGAGAGAGAGAGGGAGAGAGAGUUAUAUACGACUCGUAAAUGGAGACGACGGAGUAGUUUGAUCGGCACACGCCCCCCUCGAAGUCGCCAUCGUUAGCCUCGAAGCCGAUCUCGGAACCGUCGCCUCGGCCGUCGCCGCCGCCGCCGCCGUCUCCCGCCAUGGACCCGUACAAGUAUCGUCCGUCGAGCGCUCACGAUUCCAGCUUCUGGACGACCAACUCCGGUGCUCCUGUUUGGAACAACAACUCGUCCCUGACCGUUGGAACCAGAGGUCCAAUUCUCCUCGAGGAUUAUCAUCUGGUGGAGAAACUUGCCAAUUUUGAUAGAGAGAGGAUUCCUGAGCGGGUGGUCCAUGCCAGGGGAGCUAGUGCAAAAGGAUUUUUCGAGGUCACUCACGAUAUCUCUCAGUUGACAUGUGCUGAUUUUCUUCGAGCUACUGGAGUUCAGACACCUGUUAUUGUCCGUUUCUCCACUGUCAUCCAUGAGCGUGGCAGCCCUGAAACUCUUAGGGAUCCUCGAGGUUUUGCAGUGAAGUUUUACACCAGAGAGGGAAACUUUGAUCUGGUGGGAAACAAUUUCCCUGUCUUCUUUGUUCGCGAUGGAAUGAAAUUUCCAGACAUGGUCCAUGCUCUUAAACCCAACCCGAAGUCUCACAUCCAGGAGCACUGGAGAAUAGUUGACUUCUUCUCCCACCAUCCUGAGAGUUUGCACAUGUUUUCCUUUCUCUUCGAUGAUGUUGGUGUUCCUCAAGACUACAGACACAUGGAAGGAUUUGGGGUUAAUACUUACACCUUAAUUAACAAGUCUGGGAAGGCACAUUAUGUGAAAUUUCACUGGAAACCAACUUGUGGAGUGAAGUGUUUGCUGGAGGAGGAGGCAAUUCGUGUUGGAGGAUCAAAUCACAGUCAUGCAACUAAGGAUCUUUAUGACUCGAUUGCUGCCGGCAAUUACCCAGAGUGGAAACUCUACAUCCAAAUAAUAGAUCCUGAUCAUGAAGAUAGAUUUGACUUCGAUCCACUUGAUGUAACAAAAAUAUGGCCUGAGGACAUUGUGCCUCUGCAACCAGUAGGCCGCAUGGUGUUGAAUAAGAACAUCGAUAACUUCUUUGCAGAAAAUGAACAGCUAGCAUUUUGCCCUGCUAUUGUGGUCCCUGGUAUCUAUUACUCUGAUGAUAAGCUUCUCCAAACUCGGAUUUUCUCCUAUGCUGAUACUCAGAGACACCGCCUUGGACCAAACUAUCUUCAACUCCCUGUUAAUGCUCCCAAGUGCGCUCAUCACAACAAUCACCAUGAAGGUUUUAUGAAUUUCAUGCACAGGGAUGAAGAGGUAAAUUAUUUCCCUUCAAGGUUUGAUCCUGUACGUCAUGCAGAAAGGUUUCCCAUACCUCCUACAGUCUUGAAUGGAAAGCGAGAUAGGUGCAUUAUUGAGAAGGAGAACAACUUCAAGCAACCGGGAGAGAGAUACCGAUCCUGGGCACCGGACAGGCAAGAGCGGUUUAUUUGCCGCUGGGUUGAGGCAUUAUCUGACCCCCGGGUUACCCAUGAACUCCGCUCCAUCUGGAUCUCUUACUGGACUCGGGCUGACAAAGUGCUUGGUCAGAAGCUAGCUUCUCGUCUCAAUGCGAGGCCAAGUAUGUGAAAGCGAAGGGGGGUGAUUCGACUUUUGAAGGAGCAUAAAAACUGAAGUGUUAGCAUGUUUGUUUGCUGUGCUAUACUGUAAUACUAGAGGAGAACUUGUCAUGCAACUCUUUGAUCAGAUGUUUCUAAUUCAAUAAAGGCUCUGCUGUUUUACUUGGUAG